AUGGCUUCCCAACCGUCUACGCUUGUGUCACCAGCUGGAGCACCAGAAGCCAAUUCAACUCAAAGUCAGAAACAAUGGGUCAGUUGCAACACCUGUUCUGCUUCCAAGAUCAAGUGCAGCAAGGAAAAGCCAGAAUGCUUCCGCUGUAUGAAAAGAGGCAUCACUUGCCAGUACGCUGUAACCAAACGCUCAGGGCGGAAGCAAAGAACCCGCCAGAGGAGCAAUUCAAUCUCAUCAAGUCCCAUGGACGUCGUUUCUGGAUCGGACACGUUGGUGCUGCCUGAUAAUGUCGCACAAAUGUCUCCCAUGCCGUCGAUCACAGAGUAUACAGAUUGUUCCACCUCGUUGGUAGAUCCAGCAACGUCAUCUAUUCUAUUACUAAACGCUCUUAACUGGGGAUUCGAUGAUCUUCCCAGCCCUUCAAGUUUGUUAUCAAUGUCUGCUGACAUGGUCAACCCAUACUUAUGCGACGAUGUGACCACUGCGCUUCAACAAUCAGAAGCAUCCUGCCCUGUGCCAGAACCGGCAGAAAACCAUUCCUCUACUGUCGAAGAACCCGGCGCUGGCCCAACAUGUUGCUUUCUUGUGCGUGCUCUUGGGCUUCUCAAACAACAGUCUUCAGCUCGCGAGUCUUGUGGUGGAUUGCAGCAGGAAGAUGGAACUACCCAGCCUGGAAAUAAUACCGAAUACCAGAUUGAGACGAACCAAAAUCCUCCCAACGUCGUCGAUACUCAUAGUGGUGGAUUUGAUGAGGAUCAAAUCUGUAUGGCAUCGCAACAGAUCAUUGGCCGACUCCAUCGAAUCCAACGCUUGAUAAACAUUCUGUCAGAAAGAUUCAAAACACACAAGGUAAGCGUCAAAGGAAGACAGGAUGACGAACCCAAGGCAUCAACAACUGAUGGGAGCUCUAAUAUGUUCACAUUUAUGUUCCCUAGCUCUGUAUUGGAGCAUAUCGAGGCUGACCUGCGAUUGCAUCUGCGUACCUUGUCGGUAGAUGCUGCAAACAUCCUUCGUCAAGCAUAA